UUCUCUUCAGUGUUUAAAAGUUUUAGGGUUUCUUGUGAGUAGAUGGUAAUGGCAGGACUUGGUCGCCAGGUGGGCAUUUAAGCACAUUUUGGCAUUAAAAGUCUACCCAACUAGCACCCCCUGAAAGAUAAGGGGAGCAUCAGAAAGGGCUGGUCAAACAUGUUUGCUUUGACCCUCGACUAGGAGGCUUUCUGUUCCUCCUUCCCCUUCCCGGUCUCCAGCUGUUUCUCUGCCUCUACCUCACGCCAGGACCAUCAGAAUUAUGCAUGCCUGGAAAGCAGUGGUCGGCACUCUGGCCUUCACCGGCCUGGAUGUGACGGUGACCACCUUGCUGUACAAACACAGCCGCAGUGGUGGCAGCCUCCUUCAGGAUUUGAAGCACUUCAACAUAUUCAACUCCAUGCUGGACAUCUGGGGGGCCUGCCUGUACCGGAGUUGUGUGCUUUUGGGUGCUGCCAUCGGGGUUGCGAGAAACACCAACUAUGGUCCCAAGCGCUUGAAAGGAUCCCGGAUCUUUAUCACACUUGUCUGCCUUGCGGUGGGGAUUUACGCCCUGGUCAAGCUGCUGCUCUACUCGGAGGUGAGGAAGACCAUCAAAGACCCCUGGUUUUGGGGUUUGUUUGCCUGGACAUACGUGUCCCUGGCGGCCACCUUCUCCUUGUGGCAGCUGCUUUCUUCGGUGAGACCUGCCAGGGAGACUCUGGGAGUAAAUUCCGAAUCUAGGACUGAAGCAGAAGAAAUUGGGGAUCCAAGUUUGCCUGAUGCCCAGGAAAAGAAAGAGGAGGCGUCAGCAGCCACCAUUUGUAAGCUGUUGUCUUACACCAAACCAGAUGUUCACUUCCUUGUAGUGGCCUUUUUCUUCCUCUUAGUGGCUGCCUUAGGAGAGACAUUCCUUCCGUACUACACAGGCCGGGCCAUUGAUGGAAUAGUAAUCCAGAAGAGUAUGGAGCAGUUCUCCACAGCGGUGGUCAUCAUGGCCCUUCUGGCCAUAGGAAGUUCAUUUGCCGCAGGUAUCCGGGGCGGAGUCUUCACUCUCGUGUUCGCUAGGCUGAACAUUCGGCUACGCAACAGCCUGUUCCGGUCGCUGGUCUCACAGGAAAUGAGUUUCUUUGAUGAAAACCUUACUGGAGACAUUAUUUCCCGGCUGACGUCGGACACGACAAUUGUGAGUGACCUGGUCUCGCAGAACAUCAACAUCUUCCUGCGCAAUAUGGUCAAGGCCACGGGGGUGAUAGUUUUCAUGUUCAGCCUCUCAUGGCAGCUCUCCCUGGUAACCUUCAUGGGAUUCCCCAUAAUCAUGCUCAUGUCAGAUCUUUACGGGAAGUACUACAAGAAACUCUCCAAAGAUGUCCAGAAUGCUUUGGCAAAAGCCAACAACACUGCUGAGGAAACCAUAUCAGCCAUGAAGACCGUCCGCAGCUUUGCCAAUGAGGAAGUGGAGGCGAACGUAUAUUCGGACAAACUGCAGCAAGUCUACAAACUCAACAAAAAAGAAGCCAUGGCUUACACCUACUAUGUGUGGUCCAGUGGGCUAACACUCCUCAUUGUUCAAGUCAGCAUUUUGUACUACGGAGGCCACCUGGUGAUCACUGACCAGAUGACCAGUGGGAACCUGAUAUCCUUCAUUAUUUAUGAAUUUGUCCUUGGAGACUGCAUGGAGUCUAUUGGUUCAGUCUACAGUGGGCUGAUGCAGGGUGUUGGAGCUGCCGAGAAAGUAUUUGAGUUCAUAGACCGCAAGCCGACCAUGGUGCACGAUGGCACUCUGGCCCCCGACCAGCUAGAAGGCAAAGUGGAGUUCAGGAAUGUCACCUUUGCUUACCGCACUCGACCUGCAACCCAGGUCUUGCAGAAUGUCUCAUUCACGCUUCAUCCUGGGAAAGUGACUGCGCUGGUGGGGCCCUCGGGCAGUGGGAAGAGUUCCUGUGUCAGCAUCAUGGAAAACUUCUACCCACUUGAAGAUGGGCAAGUCCUGCUGGAUGGACAGCCUAUUAACAUGUACGAGCACAAGUACCUGCACUCAGUGAUAUCUCUGGUGAGCCAAGAGCCGGUCCUUUUCGCUCGAUCUAUUGCAGAGAAUAUCUCCUACGGCUUGGCAUCUGUCCCUUACGAGUCAGUCACUCAUGCUGCCCAAAAGGCCAACGCCCACACGUUUAUCACGGAAUUACAGGAUGGCUACCACACAGAAGCUGGUGAAAAGGGAACCCAGCUUUCUGGUGGUCAGAAGCAGAGAGUGGCUAUUGCGAGAGCUUUAAUCAGAAACCCACCAAUCCUGAUAUUGGAUGAAGCCACAAGUGCCCUGGAUGCAGAGAGUGAACAUGCGAUCCAGCAAGCCAUUUAUGGGGAUGUCCAGAGCCACACAGUGCUUGUCAUAGCCCACAGACUGAGCACUGUGGAAAAGGCACACAAUAUCAUUGUUCUCGACAAGGGCUGUGUGGUACAGCAAGGGACACACAAGCAGCUCAUGGAAGAAGAUGGCCUUUAUUACAAGCUAGUGCAAAGACAGAUUCUCGGCCAUGAAUCCGGCACGGGGGACAGCUGUCAGGACGGCAGCUUGCCUGGCAUCCGGAGAGAGUCUUCAAAGAUGGGACUGGCCGAAGAGUUCAGAGUUUGAUGUCAUGUGUGCUAGACUUGAAAGAUUUGAACUGCACAGAUGGACUGUCAGCUGAGCUCAGAGGUGAAAGCACUUUGGAAUCCAAUUGGCAUCCCACUGGAAGAGUCAACCUCUCCUCUUUAGCACAGCUUGACCAAUGUUUUCUGUCUGUUUACAGUGUUCUGCACUAAAUGUCCAGUGCACAUAUCAUC